AUGUCGUACAUUGAUCACAUGGCAAUGAACCGGUCACCCUAUAGUAAGCAACCACUUGAACAGUCCCAUGCAGUCGCUUACACAGGAUACGUAAUAGGACCAUCAGCACCACCAUCACCACCAUCAGCGUCGCAUCAGGCCCCAAAGAAGUCGAUGAAGAAUUUUCACAUCUCCCACCAAGCCCCUGAUCAGCGCAUUGAGCUGCCGUCUGCUGCAAGCGCAUCUUCCCCCAACCCAUCCGCUCCCUCCGACACUGACGACUCCGCCCAGAUACAACUGUUUGCUUUACAGAAGCAAUGGCUCGAGGCGGCUAAGGAUGACCUUCAACCACGUCUCAUCACCAAAGUGCCUGGUAUUGAAAAACAGCACUGGCUUGUCGGAAGUAAGAUGCCUUCCGACAAGGAUCUAGUCCCGAGCCACAUCUGGCAUCUGCGAUCGUUCCAGCCAUCAAAACGGUACGUCGCCUACCAACAUCUCUCUCUGCUUGCACGCAACAUGAUAAAACAUGAUCAGCGUAGCAAAGAAUACCAAACUCUCUGGACGGCCAUAUCCAGCUUCCGAAUCCGCUUGGUGCAGCACGAGCGAGAUUGGUUGGCUAGUGUGAAGAAGAGCACACCGGAAGAGAUCGUGGAGCGCCUCAAGAGGAUAGGAUACGAACAGGCAAUCAAUACCAUGGUGACGAAAGCCAUGGUAGAUGAGUUCGACAAGUACCAGAAGGCGCGUCUUCCUGCACUGUCGAACGCGCAUCAAGGCGCCCAAACCACCCAACCACAAACGCUUCCCGCGGUACAAGCACCAUCUGAGCACAACAAAAGCGAGAAGAACAGCAAAGUCUCUUCCAAAUCCCCCCUCCAAUCUCCCUUAGCCCCAGCUACGACCGCCCAACCCGCCCGCCAAAACCCCUCUGUGAAGCCGGACAAGGUGAAAUACCCGAAUGAUCUGGUCCGGGUCCCUGAAUACCCCUUGGACCACAUUUCCGACUACACGCCAAAUAGCGAAACUGGCAUGUACAAAUGUCGGCACCCGCACGAGACAAAGCAGUCGUGCUGUCAGACGGGCCUCACCGAGAACAAGAUGCGAGCAUCAAUCCAGAAAGAGAUUUUUUCUUGGCGAGGCCGGGUGGAGAUGUUGAUUCACAAGGGGGAGCUUGAUCCCAGGCACAAGACCUGGGACAGAACAUGCAACGUCACCCUGAAAAAGCAGGAGCAGGCAGCAGCGGAACGUUUGGCUACGCAAAAAGCGAAGGAAGAUGCAGAGGAGCGGGUUGCAAAGGCGAGGCAGGAGCGACGCAAGGAGAAGCGUCUGCAGCAAGCUGCAAAAGCCAAAGAAGAUGAAAAGAAGCGACAAAAAGAGGUUGAUGAAGCCAUCGCCGCUGGUCGCGAGCCUCCUGCUCCGGUGACUAAACAGCCUGGAGUCAACGGCAAGGGCAUCACCACGGACGCCAAAGCAGCUGCUCUGAAGAAGCACAUGCGUCUACAUCAAGACUGCCAAGCACUCGAGAGCAGGAAGAAGUGGCCGAACUGGGACCGCUUCGACGCUUGGUGGGACGUUAAGCGCCUACGAGUUGAAGGUGCGGCACUGUCAGCGGAGCAGCGCGCCUUGCUGCAAGAGCCUGAGCCUUCUGCACUUUCGGACAAGGAUCCGAAUUUCUCGAAGAAGAAGGCCGCAGAGAAGAAGGCGGAGGAGAAGAGAAGCAACCAGGAAGCUAACAAAGAGAAUGUUGUUACCGAGGUUGAGGUUGUGGAAGAUGACGAGUUGGACGAUCUGUUUGAGGAUGACAAGCUGUGA